CUUAAACAAGGUCGAUCCAGGUGAUUGGUAUAAUGUCUACAUGUUUUGUAUUUCACCUGACAGCUUUGCAGUAUAAUACCACAUGGUCACUGUCUUGUAAACAGAAAUGUUGACGCUACACAUGCGUAAACGUGUGUGUCAAACUAGACAUCACAACAGCUUCAUGUCAAACGAGAUAGCAGUAUUUUACGGUGGAUAAACUUUCGAUAGUAAUUUCGGUUCUGAUCUCACCUGAGGUACUUGGGUCGAAUCAUCGUAUCCUGAGGUACUUGGGUCGAAUCAUCGUAUCCUGAGAUACUUGGGUCGAAUCAUCGUAUCCUGAGGACUGGUGUGGGAAUAAAACCAUCAGCCGUUGACAGCCCGAGACACCGCGCUGACAUGGAGAAGAUGCAUGACUUCUCUCACUGCAUGUGGGUCACCUUUGAUGGCCAGGGGAAGAUGGACACCUGUCUAGCGCAAGAUGUCGGCUCAGAGGAACCCGGCUGCGGGACGUGGAGUGAUGUCAGCUGCUAAUGGUGCUGAGCGGAGUGCAGUGUAGCAGCAGCAACAGUUUGGAGAAUACGUUUGGUGGGAGAGGCAGAGCCGUGGAUACCCUGGGCCGGGCAGGCAGAUAGAGCCAUGGUGCAGGUUUCGCUCUUGUUCCUGCUGUCCUUCAUGAGGGAUCAGCUUAACCAUGGUCCCGACCUGUCGGACACUGAACACAGGAAACAGAGCUGGUCUCACAGCGGAGCGAGCGGUCCGCAUUCGUGGCAUCACUCGUAUGAGAAAUGUAGCGGACGGUGGCAGUCUCCCAUCGACAUCAACCGAACUGAAACGGAGUACGACCUGGAUCUCAAACCGUUCGUCUUCCACAACUUCAACCACCCCAGCAUGUUCUCCGACGACCUCGUCUUCAACCUCACCAACAACGGGCACUCAGCAAGUACCAAAGUGCACGGAGAUCUGUACAUAGAAGGAGGCGGAUUACCUGGCAGAUACAACACUGCAGAGUUCCACUUCCACUGGGGGUCGAACGAGGAUCAGGGCUCCGAACACACCAUAGAUGGGCGACAGUUCCCACUGGAGAUGCACAUAGUCCACUAUGCGGCGAAGUACGACAAUCUAUCAAACGCACUUACUCAUUCGGAUGGCUUGGCCGUGCUGGGAGUGUAUUUUCAGAUAUCACAGCAAGACAAUCCAAAUUUCGAGCCAGUUGUCCAAGCUCUGCAGAAAGUCACGAACCAUGGUCAAAGCCAUGCUAUGACUAAUUUUAUGUUAGAUUCUGUGAUUCCCGAAGACAGAGGGAGGUUUUUCCGGUACAAGGGCAGUCUGACAACUCCACCGUGUUUCGAGAGUGUCAUUUGGACUGUGUUUGCCGAGCCAGAGAAAAUAUCACUAAGACAGCUGAGGUAUCUUCGUUACCUGAUACAGCACGACCACGACGAAGGACCAGAUAUCCGUGCCAGCGAGUCAAGAAGUAACCACUUGAAUUACAUGGUGGACAAUUACCGCCCUAUUCAGCCACUGAAUGGCAGGACGGUGUUCUGCAGCUUCCCCAAAACGUUUGACAGUUCGGACUCGUUUGAUACAUCAGACACCAGUCCUUUGGCGCCACUUUCAGUCUCCUCUACGAAGGCUACAGAUACACCGUUCGCUGGGACGUCACCAGUCUUAUUAGCCACUGGAAAGACUAUAGGAGGGACAGGAGGUCAACGAAUCCAAGCAGCGAACGCACAUGGUGGAUCCGGAAUGCACCCUCAUCUGCACGCUGCAUCAGUGCAGACUGGGUCUCAUGCUGCCGCUGGUAACAAAGGGAACAGUUUCAACCCGAUGAUUGGAAACACUGGAACACUGUCACAGAUAACAAGCAAUGAAAAGAAUUCUCUCCUCUCUGGAGCGAACCCGAUUCCAAGGCACUCGUUUGGCAUACGGAAUUCAGCAGACCCUAAGGCAGAAUCACAGCGUAAGGUGCAUUCUGUGUCGGAACAGUUCACAGAUAUCAAACUUAAGACUGCUGAAACAAUCAACGAUCCGAAAGUCAGUGGUGUUCUUAGUAACUUUCCUCAACAGGCAAGACCUAAAGCCGUUACCCAGGCAACGCCUCCUGUCACACGUGUCCAGCCGCAUGUUUCACAUACUCAUCCACAUGUUACAUAUACUCAGCCACAUGUUUCACAUACUCAUCCACAUGUUUCACAUACUCAGCCACAUGUUACACAUACUAAACCAUAUGUUACACAUACUCAAAUACCACAUGCUACACAGACUCAACCACAUGUCACACAUACUCGACCACAUGUCGCACAUACUCAGCUACCACAUGCUACACAAACUCAGUCACAUGCUACACGGUCUCGACCACAAGUUAUACGCACACAACCACAUACCACACGUGCUGAACAGCAUGUUACACGUACUCAACCACAUGCUGCACAAACUCAUCCAGGUUUUACACACACCCAUCCACGCGUUACAGGUACUCAAGCACCUGUUACACGUGCACCAGCAGCUCAUUAUACACGUGCUCGGCCACUCGCUACACGUGAUCAGCAGUACGUUGCGCAUACCCAAUCACACGUUACACGUGCUCCACCAGUAGUUCGGACAACCGCGAGGAAUCAACCCAUCAGUUUUCCAAAAAGAGUCAAAAACCACUGGCCUCUUCCUUCGAGGACAACCAAGUCGCCAAUACGAUUUGCACAUCCACCGAGAUACUACAGACCAAACCUCAGAUACAACCGACCAACGCAACUUCUCAAUGGCCAGACUGCGCCGAUUAGAAGAUCAAAGUUACCAAGACCAAACUACCAACAACAACAACACCAACAUCAACAACAACAACGAAACCGACAGCAGACGUGGCGUCAACAGCAGUUACGUCAAGGGAGUCCGAGGAUUUUCAGUCCACGUCCUAAGGCGAGCACCACAGGACAACCAUUGGUCUAUCUCCAACCGGUUUCCCAGCCAAUACGGCUAAGUAAGCCGAUGUACUACCGCUACUACAACAACAACAAUAAUAAUAACAACAAUAAUAACAACAAUAACAACAACGAGAAUGGCUACAGACCUCAAGGAUUCGGAGUAGAUAUGGCUAACUUUGAUGAAUUCAGGAGACGAAGACGAAGUUUAAUGAACUAUUUUGCUAACAAGCGGAAAACGAACGACAGAAAUGGCGCGAGGUUUAACUGAUGAAUCGUUACGUGAGCAGGUCGUAGACUGGGAUUCAAACAGUUGGGUGCAUGUACGAGAAAACUGUGUUUAUUCACGUGAUCUCAUACCUGAUGCUCAUUGGUUCUUCUUCAUUAAGGCAGUAAUUUAUUAUAUAUAGAGCUGUUACCAGCAUGCGGUAAGCAUGAGAUGUGACAAAAAGACACAACUCCAUUUUAAGACUAACGGAAGCAUAUGUCGGAGAUUGUAGCUAAUAAAUCUGGAUGGGAUUUGGUAGGAUUUUUAUGAGAAGAUAUGUUAUAAACAUCAAAUUAAUUAUCUUUUCUAAUAGCAUACAUGCUAAAGGGAUACAUUGUUUUGUAACAGAUAUGUGGUUAAUGCGUUCAUUAUAAAUAGGUUGCUAUUUUGGACUAUAGGAGAACAUAAGAAGAAAUACAUUUUAAAAUGUUUUUCGCCAACCAUGUUUUAGCCAUAAUUAAAGAAUAUGAAUAAUGAAUGCGUCUCAACUUCAGAUAUGACGUGAAAUAAAUAUUUGUGCAUACAUGCGUAAAGUAAUGUGUUCCAGAAUAGGUCCUGCAAUAAUAGUGUCCAUGAACACGUAAUAAAACAAAAAGAUUACACGGACUCUUAAUGAGACCACGAUGUCCCAGCACAUUUAUUAGAACCUGGGUCUCACUGCACCUUUGUUAAAACCAGGGUUCUACUGCACAUUUCUUAAAACCAGGGUUUCACUGCACAUCUAUUAAUUCUAGGGCCACCUACACAUUUACUAAAACCAGGGCGUCUUUGAAUGCUUAUAACAACCAGGGCGUCCUGUACAUUUAACAAAACUAGGGCUUCCCUGCCUAUGUAUUAAAACCCGGGCGUGUAUAGACAUUUAGUAGAACUAGGGCAUCCCUUCAAACGUUUUAUGUAUUAGUGUGAGGCAGCACUUAGUAAAAACAGUGUAUCUGCGUUAAAUUCAGGAUGUCUCUUAACAUAUAUUAAUACUAUUGUGUACAGUUGGCAAACCCAGGCUGUGACUAACAUAAGAGUAGGGAAAUGACGGCAACUGGGCGGGUGGCAGUUUUAUAUUAAUUUCAUUUUAAUUUGGUACACAAUUUUAUAUCGGGUAGGAGAACUACAUUGGAGGUUGGAACCCACACUGUUAUGGAGCGACAGCGAAAUAUAAAAUGUAGCGGGGGGAAAUGAGGUGUGGUUGAGAAGGAUAAUGCAUUAUCUUCAGAGUUGCCGUUCGAAACAGCAAAUUUUUAUUACCACGUUUAUGGCACAGCCGCUUUUCCAAAUCAGGUGUGGGUCUUCACGUGAUCCAACUGAAACGGGAUCUUACCGGCAACUUCAAUUUAAGCUCUCGGUCAGUAAAUCUAAUAAAAACCAGUGCCAGCGUAGCGGAAAAAGCGAAAUGACUAAAUCGUUUUUGAUAGGAAAUGACAUUGGAUGUUAUCUAUCUAGUAAUGAAGAUUCACUGGAAUGUUUACAUCAAUGUAGAUAGAUUGUAAAAAGUAUUACGAUUGUCAGAAUCAUAGAACUAUUUUUCUCAGAAACACACCGUGUAUGUAUAUUGUUAUAAUUAACGACUUAGUGAGGCAAUAUAAUAAAAUGUGAAUAAUUCAUUGGACGUUUUGCUAGCUAAGUAAAAUAUAAUUUUUACAUAUUCGUACUUUUAUAUAAUUAAUGUAUGUAUCAUUUAAUUCGUGAUUAUUAUCAGUUGUUUGAUAUAUUUAUAAAAAUCGCAAAAAUAAUGAUGUUGUGUAGUUGGUAUAUAUCUAUUUUAUAAUUGUUUUAAAGACAAUAUUUUACAUACUCAUGUGUAAUAACCUCGUAUCAUAU